UUUUUUUUCUUUUCUUCUAUAAUAUGACCAACGAGAUACCUCUGACACUAACAUCAUCACAACGAGCCACACUAAUUGCUAUCUUUGAUACAUUUCUGGCCUAAUUAACGACUGCAGAGACAGAUCAACUCCAACAUGAACUAAGUCAUCAUCCAACCAUAUCACAACAAGAUAUCCAAUUGUUAUCACGUGCAACUAUACGAGAUCUCGACUCGACCUUUAAUGCGAUGGACAACACAUUACAGCUACUGCAACGGUCACUGACCAAGGACAAACAAAAAGGGUUUCUUCGAUUACUUUCCCUUUUAUCUCAUUCUACAGGUAUGGCCUUUCUUACCCAAGGUCGUUGUUUAACACCUUUUGCACACAUGGCUCGUUCUGACCGAGAAAAAAUCAUCAUCCAUUGGCAACAAUCACGUUUUCAUUUCUUUCGCUCGUUGUAUAUCUCGUUGGCUAGUUUGACUUGGGCAAAUACCUAUGCUCGUCCUGAGGCAAGCACUACGCUCCAUCGUGCCAUAGGUUACCCGACCUUUGAUCCUAUGCGUAGUUUACCUGAUUAUCAACCUGUACGUCAUCAUCCGCGUUUACCUAUGGUAUCAUCACCCAAUGAACUUCCAGAUGAUGGAUUUGACGUGAUUGUAAUAGGAAGUGGUGCAGGUGGUGGUGUAGUUGCAGCUCAAGUAGCACUCGCCGGUUAUUCUGUCUUGGUGAUUGAAAAGGGACCUUAUUAUCAUGAAUCUGAAUUCGUAUUACAAGAAGGAAUGGCUGCCCAAAGGAAUAUGGAACGUGGAGGUUCUUUUUUAAGUGAAGAUGGCACCAUGGCUUUCAUGGCUGGUAGUUUGAUUGGUGGUGGUACUUCCAUUAAUUAUUCUGCCUCUUUACAGUUACCACAUUAUGUACGAUCUGAAUGGGCUAAAUUAGGUCUACCUUAUUUUAUUUCAAAGGAGUUUGUGAAUAAUAACACGCGUGUAUGUGAAAGAAUAGGUGUGACAACUCAAGGCAUCAAGUUACAUGGUAGCAAUCAAGUGUUGAUGAAAGGUUGUGAAAAGCUGGGAUAUCAUGCAGAACUUAUACCACAAAAUUCAGGAGGCCAUCCACAUGAAUGUCAUUGGUGUUCUACAGGAUGUCGUGAUGGAAUUAAAAAUGGAUCUAUGAAUACUUGGCUACGAGAUGUAGUUGCAAAUGGAGGAAAAAUCAUGAAUAAGACGACAGUUCGACGAGUGAUGAUUGAUGAUAGGACGGGAAAAGCCACAGGGGUAGUCAUUGCUCACCACGAUGAUGAUAGUGAAAGAAUAAUUCAUGCAAAAAAAGUGGUGGUAUCGGGUAGUUCUCUACAUUCACCAGGCAUUCUUUUGCGUAGCGGAUUGAAAAACAAACAUAUUGGUGAACAUCUCCAUGUUCAUAGCUGUAUUGCCACAUUUGGGUAUUUUGAGCAUGUGAUAGAUACUCAUAAGGGUACGAUGAUGACAGCCUAUUCGGAUGUGGUGGCCAAUACACCUGAAAAUGAUCAUUAUGGGGCAAAAAUCGAAGGUGUAUCACAUCAUGUUGGUAUGGUGGCUAAUGCUAAUCCAUGGCAUGGUAGUCUUGAUCAUAAGCGUGCCAUGUUACGUUGGCGUUAUAGUACUUCUUUAUUAACCGUUGUACGUGAAAAAGAUUCUUAUGGAAAAGUCUUUUAUGAUGGGGUACAUCAUGAUCAGGUCAAAGUCAAUUAUAAAAUGUCGAAACAUGAUCGUCGAUCAACCGUGGCCGGAAUUGUUGCUAGUGCUAACAUCUUGGUAGCAGCCGGCGCACGAGAGAUUAGAACAAUGCAGCAUGUUGUGCCACCUUUUAUAUUUGCUGAGGACGAAGAAGUAAGUCCUGAUCAUCCACGAUUUAUCCGUUGGUUGAAAGAGCAAGUCAUCCCUGCUGGUGCUCCCGCUAUUGUGAGUAAUCCUCAUCAAAUGGGAACAUGUCGUAUGGGACCUUCUCCACGUGUAUCCGUAGUCAAGCCAACAGGUGAAACUUGGGAAGUAAACGGUUUAUAUGUUGCUGAUGCCUCUGUUUUCCCUACUGGUUCGGGUGUCAAUCCUAUGAUAACCAUUAUGUCUACCUGUUUACAUAUUGCGGAUCAAUUAUUAAUCUCCCUUCGUUCUUCUUCCAAGUUAUAAAUAAAAAUAUCGAAUGGUGAGAGAGAGAGAGCAACUUCGUUCAAGUGACCCACAUUUUUUUUUCAACUUCUUUUUCCCUCCUUUUUCUUUAACUUCACGAACGUGACAGAUGGCAACUGUAUUAUUUUAAGCGAAAAAGCCAAUAAACAUAAAUGAUGACACGUUCAUUAUAUUUUGACCUACACAACUAGCAAGAAAGAAAUGAUUACUUUGUGAGAAAAUAUGACACCUGGAAUUACUGAUUUUUUCCAUGUGAAGCUUCUUUUCUGCGUUUGAUUAGAGAUUUGUUUGCAUUGGGUCUUGAAUAUAUUUGCG